AUGGAUAGUGAAGAAGGACUUCUUGAUAUUAUUGAGAGUUUAGAGGCACCUUAUGAAACGUCUUCGAUAAGUAGAAAGAUUGAACUAUCAUCAAGAAAUAAACAAGGGAUAGAGCAAUUGGAUAAAUUACUUGGACUGUUGGUACCAUAUUUACAAAAGCAACAAAAGGUUGGAAGCACAAUAAAUCCAGAAAGUCCACUUGUACGAUUUAUAGCCCUUCAAGACUCAUUUGAAUACAAUGUAACAUCCCUGUUGCUCCAAAUAUAUAAAACAUUACUGAAACAAGAGCAAUCUUCAAACAAUCCUGAAACAACUCAAAUAUUAUUAACAUGUAAUCGACUAUUACAAGGGCUUUUACUCAUACAUCCACCAUCAAGGAAAUUAUUUUCUAGAAAGGAAAAUAUGAAAUUGAUAUUACAUUUUAUAAAUGAACAAGAACAAUCAGAAAAUCAAUCAACCUCAUUUAAUGUUAUCAUAUCAUUCAUUUCAACAUUAGUUCAUAUCUUAUUGAAAAAUUUAAAUAAUUUUAGAACUUUUGAAAGUUGUGAUGGAUGUCCUAUAGUUAUACAAAAAUUAAACUUGCAAGAAUUAUCAUCUCCAAACAAAAAAGCUACAGUUGGUGGAGUUAUGUCUUCCAAUCUCAUUAAAAAUCAACAAGAUUUAAAUUUUAAAUUAAUUGAAUUUUUACUUUUCUAUUUGGUUGACGAAAAUGAGGUUAAUUUCGAUUAUAGUACAACAUCUCUGGCUAAAAAACUCUCAGUCACAGAAAAAGCUGAAUUAUUCAGAGAUGUAUUCCCAGGUAUUGAUGCAUUAGUUGAGAAUUUGGAUGAUUUAAAGAACUUAUAA